AUGCAAGACUGGAAUAAGGAUUACAUGUUCGGCUAUCAGUUUUUGAAUGGCUGCAAUCCUGUCAUGAUCAGGAAGUGCAAGGAAAUUCCAGACAAGUUUCCAGUCAAACAUGAGAUGGUGAAGGGCUUUCUGAAGAAAGGAGUCACACUACAAGAGGAAUUAGAGGCAGGAAAAAUCUACAUAGUGGAUUAUGACAUACUGGAGGGAGUCCUAACAUCCAGCGAUCAGGUCUGUCUGAAUGCGCCCCUCUGCCUGCUGUACAAGAACAGAUUGGACCAAAUUGUGCCAAUUGCCAUUCAGCUCAGUCAAACCCCAGGGGAAAAGAGCCCAAUCUUUCUCCCAAGUGAUAAUGAAUAUGAUUGGAUGCUUGCCAAGAUGUGGGUGAAAUCUGCCGACUUCAUUGUACACCAGUUGGUCACGCACCUUCUCAAGACACAUAUGAUAUCAGAGGUUUUUGAAAUUGCCAUGCACAGACAGCUCCCUGCAGUCCACCCUGUAUACAAGUUACUGAAACCUCAUGUUCGUUUCACAAUUGCAAUCAAUGCAGUGGCCCGUGAAAAACUCAUCAGUGAAAACGGGGUCAUCAGCAAGAUUAGUAGCCUCACUGGAGAUGGGAUAGCUAAAGUGAUUAGAAGAGCCAUGGAGACUUUAUCCUACGAGUCCCUGUGCUUCCCUGAGACCAUAGAAGCUCGAGGAAUGAAAGAUGCGCCCAAGUACUAUUAUAGAGAUGAUGGCAUGAAGAUCUGGGAGGCAAUACACAAUUUUGUUUCUGCUGUGGUCGAGAUCUACUAUGAGAGCGAUGAGACCGUUCAAAGUGAUGGGGAGAUUCAAGGAUUUGUUAAGGAUGUUUCCUUUGGCAUGAACAAUUCUGACAGUGACCACUGUCCAUUUCCAGAGUUUCUGAACACUCGAGAGGAGUUAGUCAAGUACCUGACCGUUGUGAUAUUCACAGCUUCAGCACAACAUGCUGCUGUCAACUUUGGACAGAUCGACUGGUAUGGCUAUAUCCCCAACAGUCCUUCCAUCAUGCGCAAGCCUCCUCCCGAACUGAAGGGCCAAGUGGAUAUGGACUAUAUCAUGGAGAGUCUGCCUGACCAUAAACGUUCCUGCCUGGUUCUAGGAACAGUUUGGGACCUCAGUCAGUUCCAGAAAAAGGAGCUGUUCUUAGGCACGUAUCCAGAGAUGUGCUUCACAGAGCAACCAGUGAAGGAAGCCAUAAAGACUUUCGGCGAGAAACUAGAUGAGGUGACCAAAGAAAUCAGGAGCCGGAAUGAGGGAUUACCAAUGGCUUAUUGUUAUUUGUCCCCAGACAAAAUCCCCAACAGUGUUGCAAUUUGAAAAAAUAUUUUGCCAGGCCUAUAAAUAAUGUUUAUGGCUAAUGUUUGCUUGACAUAUAA